GCUCAUUCUGAAUCUUCUUCACCCAAUAAAAUCUGACAGCAAUAUUUUUUGUGUGUGUGUGGCGAGAGGCUAAAGAUGGACGGCAGGCGGUGAAUGACGGUGAUCCAUCGCCGCGAGGAGAGCGGGGGAAAUACGCUGCAUGAAAACCCUUCCGGCAUAUGCCCAAAACAAAAUUUUCUCGCAGAGAUGUGUUAUGUUAUGAACGAUUGCGCACUUGUGCACGCGAGCUUGCAGCCACAAAUCACGGCAAACAAGCUCGCAGCAGCUCGCGUCGGACAGCCAAUGCCUGGUCGUUAAUCUUUUCGUGGCGUGAUGCAAUAUUAGAAAGAACCACUAGAAGGAAUAGACGGCCUCUUCGUGACGUUGGCGAUAAAAACAGGUACCUGCUCGUGCCACGUUGCAGCACGCCCACGAAAACUCUCUUGGAUAUGUAUGAGUUGGGGGGUUUUUUGCACCGUAUACGGAGCUCCUCGUCCUCUGCGCCUCCCCCUGCGAGAAGAUCGCAACAUUAUGCUGCGGGAACUCCUCAUGGUGUUUCCAAUCCCGUAACGGCCAAAAUAGGAGAACGCGGAGGCUCGGAGUGUGUCAGCGCAUUCGACGGAACCGCGACCUCAUCAACACUUCAUGAAACAGCAAAUCGACAUUUUCCAUCGCCGACUGGAGUGAUAUCCUCAAACUCUUUUUCGACCAGCGCUGCGAGUUGUCAAGGCGAACGAGGAGCAGAGCGCCCCGCGGGCUCACUUGCGACAUGCGAUGCACGAACUCUCCGCUCGCUUCGGCGCAAGAACGCGAAUUGCAACCCGAGCGGUGGGAGAGCAAACAACCCGCGACCUUCUUCCCAGGUUUCAGGUCCGUCCUUGCGUUCAGAAGGACCUCGGAAAGGGGAGGACGCCGUGGCGGCUUUGCAGUCUUCGGUCGAUGAUACGAGAAGCGCGAACAAACUCUCGCAGAAGCAAAGCGAUUACAUCUCCUCGGCGCUGCGUAGGAAACCAUCAAAUACGCGACAACUUACGCGAGACGACACCGGACGUUUCAGAAGUAAAACAUCGCUAAUGCAACCCGAAGCGCAGUGCACUUUCCACGCUACGCAGGCAGGGGCAGAAGCGGCGAUGAAGCCUGAACAAAAGAGACUAAGGGACGAAGGGUCAAUAGUCAGCGGAUCCAAAUGCAAAAAGAGACCUGUCCAAACUGGUGGAAAAACGCCAACGCCUGCUGCCGCUGCGCACCUGGACGGUGACGCAGAGCCAGGACCUAAUCGAAGAUGUAAAGACGAAGCGCGACGUGACCGCUUGCGUGUCUCCGCACCGUGGCCAAACUGUAGCCACCGGUGGCGCGACGGCGGAACCAGACCGUCGUCAAUACAGCCUGGCAGAGGAUUCGAAGCUGCGAGAAACAACCAGACAGUGCAUCUUCCGCAAGAAAGUUCCACUCACCUGCUUCGACCGCGCAAGCGCAGAAGAAAGCCCUUUUUCUCUUCGUAUCUUGCUGCCGCGGCGGGGCUCCUCGCGGGGGGCAGCAGUUUCUUUACCACGUUCGCGGAGCAGCCAGGGCGGAAAAAGCAGAAUCCGGAGCAGCAGGCGACGGUCGACGAAGUAUCGUUCGACACAGAAACCAACCAAUUGAACCUGAAGGUUAGCCUCGGAAGUAAGAACGCCGACGGUGCAACCUCUUCUGCCGACGAGGAAGAAGGUGGUAAAGCGGCGGCGAAAACCAUAAUACGCGAGGGCUACUACUACGACCGAGAGAGUGCGAGGAGACGAACCCUGCUGAGCAGCGAAAAUGGCGGUGCACCCGGCAAAGACGCAAGCGACCGCGACGGCGUUUACAACGCAAUAAAGCGGUACCUCUUUGAGCCUUUUUUCGAAAAGCGCAUGCGGCGACAGCUGGUAUCCUACGGAACGGGAGGCGGUGCCACCACACUGCCCACCACGAAUAACUGGGGCGAAGCAACCUACGCGUUCGUAAACUACGACGGCACCGCGUCGACCAGCAUCGUCGCCACAAGUGCCACCGGUACGACCAAUCUGUUUGCCGGUGUGCUGAUCACGGGGAUCAAACUCGAAAUCAAGAACGCGGGAGACGACUGGGCACUGACGUCCACCAAUAUGAAGAUCCGUUUCGUGAGUCAUGCGGUAACUGCCACCGUCGGCAUGACCGUCCCCACGGCAUGCAAAGACGGGGCUGCGACUGUUUUGGAGUGCGCCAUACUACCCACGGUAUGGUGCGCGGGCGGUGGCCUCGGGGGAUUUGUUCGCACGUCCACGACGGUAAUAGACAAGCUAGACGGAACAACGGGCACCGCAACAACCCUCACCUCAGCAGGGCACGGGUACUGAUGAUUUCUCCAGGAACAAGAUGCGGUUUGCAUCUAGAUGCUGUUUGCAUUUUUUCAGUUUCGUGUUUUCGUUUCGGGUUUUGAUGAAAUGUCUAUCCAUGCAGUGUUCUGAGUCAACUUCUUCUCCUUCACAGGCUCACGUUCAAGCAGGGCGGUGUGUUCCAGCUGUGUUGGUCCGUGGACGGGACCUGGGACAAUGCACAGCUGUGGCGCGGGUUCUUGCUUGUGAACGGCUAUUUCCAUACCGGUUUCUGCACGGGGCAGCCCAGUGCUACGUGCAUGCUGGACGUGCAGCACAAGUUUCAUUGCUUUCUGCUGAAGAACCGCUACAACAAUGCGGCCAACAAGUACAUCACCUUCGGCACCGCCAACAAGUACCCGUCGAACUGUAUCAUUGGUGGCGCCACUAGCGUCGUGGCCAACACGCAACUGGCUUACACGGGCAAGACGCAAGACCUCGGCGGCCUGUUUGCAAAGCAGGAUGCCACGACAAACCAACAGGGUUUCGAGGGUGACUAUACCAAUCCGCCAGGGACAUCCGUGUUCUAUCCGGCCAGUUGGACGGCGGAAUACACCUACGCGACCGCCGGCACGUCGCUAGAACAGGCCGCGGCGGCGUCCCCCUGUGGAGGUACGCCGAGCACGAAACUGUGUAAGUACGGUAUGGAUUGCGCGGCCGGCGAGUAUGCGGUGAAGCUGAAGGACGCCACAACGGUCAAUUUCGGGCUACCCGCGACAAAAAACAACCUCGCGGGCCCCACAUUUGUGCCGUUCACGGUCGGGCUUUGCUGGUGCAGUUUCGGCUCCGGAUGCACAAAACCCAGCGUGAUAGGGAACUUCGCGAGGUAUAUGUUGAUGAUAGAGAGGAGUCCGAGUUCUGUAACAUCAUGUUGAAACAUAGUUUGUUGACGAGGAAGUGUAGUAUCAUGUGGUCCAAGAAUGAGCAGCUCGGUUGUGCUUCGAAAAUGACGUCCGGAACACCGGGAAUGAAUUACUUCUUCGAUUGUGAAGAUUGGUGUCCCGAUUUAAUUUCUUUAUCAAUUCUCUUUCUCAGGUAUAAGCAGCAGAUCGGGAUCGUGAACUUUUAUUUGAGCAAGAUCUGUCGCAGCAACGACGCGUCCUGCGACCCAGACUACAGUGGCGUCGCCCCGAGCACGUACUUCAAGGUGCGCGUCCAGUGUCCCAAGCACGCGUGCAUCCAGAAUACGGACAACCGCGUGAAAAUCGUGAUGCAGCUGCAGACCGUGGACAUCGAGACCGACAAGUCGGUUUGGGACGCCAACAACCGGUGUCGCGCGACCGGGCCCGCGCACGGAGUGACCGUGUACCCGACGCCCGGCGGCAAGCCGAUUCUGACCAACCCCAGCGACAUCACGGCGAUGAACGGGGGCGCGGGCAGCGAGGUGAAGGACUUCCCGCCGCUGGCCGGCGGCACGACCACGUACAAGCAGGGGUUCAUGUUCAACUACGACUCGGCCUUCUACGAGCGGGUGCAGAAGCACGACCAGAUCAUGUUCGACAUCUGCUACUGCGACUCCGCGUGCACCAGCACCAACGCCGCGGACGCGGACAACUGGUUCAAGGUGGGGCAGCUCCGGUUCGCGGCCUUCCGGUUCGUGUCCGUGGCGUACGCCGCCGCCUCCACGCCGUCCGCGUGGGCGGUCCAGUACAUUGAGGAGGGCGGUAUCCUCGGGUUCCGGCGCGAGCCCGACGACUACGACGUGAUGGGCCUGACCGAGACGGGCAUUUUGAAGAUCGUCCCGGACCAGGACCUGACCAUGGACGACGACAAGUGUCGGACCACGGUGUACGAUACCAAGCUGAUUCAGUCGGGGCUGAACUCCGAGGCCAACGCCGUCUCCGCCUACCGGGGUACGCGGACCACCGGCGGGGUGUCGGCGGACAAAAACAAGAUGAUCUUCAACACCGGGUCUUUGACCAACUCGAUCACGAUCAAGCAGGCGGGUAUCGUGGCGGUCUGCUACUGCCAGUGGGCGGCCACCACGGGGUGCAGCGACAACGGGCUGUACUGGGUGCUGGCGGGGCGCACCACCAUCAAGGGUCCUUCUGGCGGCGAGCGGUGGGAGUUCUCCACCUACGUGGACUUCAGUCUCACCUACACCGGGUUCGGGCUCGCGCACGAAAACAAGCUGCGUAUCAUCCACCCCGACGGUUCCUGCACGGACAACGGGGGCAACCCGGACCGCGGCAGCUACGCCUACACGUACUUGUCUCUGGGCUGCCCCAGCAGCUGUACCCAGGUCGGCGACGUGAAUUCGGCCGUCAACGGGGACCUGAAGACGCAGGUUUUGUCUUCGGACACGGAGUGCGACCCGCACUUCGAGAACUGCAAGCCGCCGAACGAGAUCGAGAAGAUCACGGUGAUCUCGGACACGGAGACGCAGAUCAAGUUUUUCGAGGUGCCCGGGGGCCUGUCGGGGAACCCGCUCGUGGAGGGGGACCAGAUCGUCCUCGGCGACAACAUCUCUUGCGACCCCACCAGUUACCAGUGCACCCCGGAGAAGCUGGCGUUGCUCAAGGGCAGCUACAACUACGCGGACUACACGGGGAACGACGACCGGGCCACGGACGAGUACAUCGUCGCGCACACGGUCAAGCCGGAUCCGAACAACGAUCCAAAGUUCUGGCGCAUCCCGGUCGGGUUUCCGAGGCAGUGCUAUCCGAACGCGUGCUCGUCCCCGACCGUGGGCCGCCCCAUCUUCAACACGCAGAACGGCGUGAACUACGGCAAAUGGCGCCGGGUGAACAAGGCCACAACAAAACUGGAAAUCAAGGGCGAGCGCGAAAUUCAGAACAUGAAGGUAUCUAAACUGAAUGUUUUUUUUUCACAUUUAGAUGACUUCACGCUGCUUUUUGAUAUGUCGUGUCUACUAGCGUGGCGCGUUGCCAGACUCGUUUGCGUCCAUUAUUUACUUGUUUAGACGAGAGUCAGACUCUUUUUGUCUCCUCAGGUGUGCUGGCACUACGGGUCCAACGUGGGUAAGUACGUGACCGAGGUCGGCAAGCUGACGCUGAAGGCGUCCGACCCGAUGUCGGUGGCCGCCGUGCAGAUGACCACGAAGCUGUACAACGUGAAGGCGCCCGUGCUGAUUUCCUUCAAGACGGCGGGGUCGAUGACGGGCAAGAGCUACCAGGCGGCGCAGGGCCCGAUGGAGAUCAAGUUUCUGUUCAAGGACAACACCAAGUUUGAGGUGUACCAGACGGAUUUCGACGCGACCCCCAUCGUGGACACCACCACGGAGGACGACCGCGCCGAGGCGACGCAGGCCGUGUGCGGCAAGCUGUUCAUCGAGUUGUGGGGCGACGACGUGGACAAGGGCUUUCCGCUCCCGCGGGGGUGCUACUACAAGCGGUACCCGCUGGACCCCAGCGACCCCAACGGGCGGUCCACUCGGGAGCUGUACAUCGCCUUCGACGCGAAGAACGGGCUGCAGCCGGAAACGGACUACAUGGUGGUCAUGAACGGCGAGUUCAAGUGCGACCUCACGCAGAACUUUGGCAACUGCGGGGAGCUGCACGCGGCGCAGAAGGGCGGCGAGUACCUAGAGAUCUUCACCAGCGACGACGUCAGCGUGAAUCCCUACCGCGCGAUCGAGCGCGGGAUUGCGGCGCUCAACCGGCAGCCGGUCAAGCGCGACACGGCGACGGACGAGACCACGCCACGUUUCGCGGAGCCGAUCGGGUGCGAGUUGCUCGGGGGCAACAACUUUUUGCGCGAGCUCGCCCAGGCGGACAAGUUGCUCUUCCAAUUCGCCGCACAGUCCACCUACCCCAUCAAGGAGGGCUAUAUCGUCCGCCUGUACUUGCAGCCAAUCACCGUGUGGAAAACCGGCGAUAGCUGUAUUCUUGAUCAAAUUUUUGCUGAUCAGUUUUCGUCAAAGUGCUAGAUAGAUUUUCUCUUCAGUGGUAUUUGCAGUUUAUCGAACAAGAUGUUGACUACACAUGAUUUUUUCGUUCCGUAAAGGUUUCUACUAAGAACCGACCCACACAACUUCUCCAGGUUCCGUCCGCUGUGCCAACGCACCGGCUUCGUCCACCGUGUGUAAAUACGGGUCCACGACGGACAAGUGCAUCGGGGAGCCCGUGGUGGCGCAGUUCACCGGGCAGAAUGACGUGAACUUGGUGAAGCAACCCGCGAGCUCCAACAACAUCAUCAAGAUUCGUCUUCCCGGGGGCACCCUGUCGGGGAGCAACCUGGACCCGGGCGGUGCCAUGACCUCGAUGCCGAAGUCCGCGCAGUUCCCCGGGCAGAUCACGCAGACGUUUGAAAUUUCCGGGGUCACCAUCCCCAACAAGGGCUUCUUUCCGACCCGCGCGGGGUGCCAAGUCACGGACGUCGGCGACAACAAGCCGAAUUACAUCCGGACCAGCGGCAACUACUUCUGGAAGCAGCCGGACGUCGGACAGAACAUCGCGAAGAUCGUGAACGUGUACGGGGACGGGAACCAGAAGCCAUUCAAGGGCGACACGGACAACGUGCUGUACGUGAAGAUCGUGCUGGGCAUCACCUCCUUUGCCGCGAACCUGGCAGCCACGGGCGAAAUCGCCUCCGCGUACCUGACCGUGAAGUUCCCCAAGGGGUACACCUGCAAGGUGCCCAACCAGAUGGGGAUCGACGAGACCGGGCAAAUGAACUACCUGGCCACGGACAAGUACAACCCCUGGGCCGCGGAGACGUCCCUGAACCUGAUCAACCACACGCUGCCGCAGGGCCGCGGGACCCCGACGACGCGCGUGGUGCUGCCGACCUACACGGCGCCGGCGCCAACGAACUCCCACGGGUGGGAGAACGCCCCGGGUGACGUGACGACGUGCUACUUCAAAAUGAACCAGUACGGAAUACUGUACCGGGGCAGCGCGAUCAUGGUCAAAUUUCUGGUCGACAAUCCCUCGGUUGCCAUGCAGAAAAACGACACCGAGAACGACUGGAUGCUCACCAUCUCGGGAAAAGGUGCUUUUACUGUGACUUAUUUGUCAAUCGCGACCAGAAUUGUUUCUUGGAAGUUUUGUUUAUGCUUAAAACUGUCAAAGCUUGCUCGACCGAGUCGUUCUUCUAAAGAAAUAAAGGACGAAAGAAAUUGCAAUGAGACGAAUUGUUAACAUUGACCACGAAUAAAACAGGUGAGUACCAGACGUUGUUGCACACGACGCCGAUGCGAUUCAAAGCUCUGGAGUCGAACUACACGGCGAACGUGGCGGUGUUAGGGUUUCUGACCGAGGCGGUGAUCAGUCCGUCGGCCCUCGUCGGGGCGACGAACACGGGACGGGGAAUCGUGCACCACGAGCUGCUGGUCUUCUUCAAGACCGAGCAAUCAGCUGGGUACAUGUCGUACGUCGCCAUCGAGGCCCCCAAGGACCAGAGCCCGUUACCCGCGUUGACCAGUCUCCGGCACGGCUUCUCGUUCCCGAACCCCUGCGUGGCCGAGGCGCUGCCGCAUAACUACUACGCGCGGCUGGCGCAGUCGCAGAACCACGUGGCGACCGAAUUUAUCGCCGGCGGCGUGCGGGAGUGCGUGUACGAACCCACGCCCUUCAACCGGGCGCUGGUCGGGGCGAACGGGAUCAUGCAGGCGAACACCAAGUACGGCUUCAAGAUCACCGCCACGGCGCCCUUCGCGUACGCGUCGACGCAGGAGUGGCGGCUGUACACGCUGGACUACGUCAAGCAGCGCAUUGAUGGAACCAAGGAAAAUGUACCCUUCUCCAUGGGCAUGAACAACGUAUCCUACGGUUUGUUCGAAGACGACCUGUCCAAUAUGCCGGAGGGGAAAACCGGUCCGCGGGUCACCAUCAACACGGCGAACGGGGUGUACAAACCUGGGAGCACGGAUAUCGACGUGUUCUUCAUGAAGUUCUACUCUAGUUUGACCAACGUCAAGGUGCGCAUCUCGGGGCCCGCGGGCUUCCAGUGGCGUCCGUCGGUCAAGUUCGGCUACAAGCAGGCCGCCGCCGUUCAAGCGGAGUUCGCGCCACGGUAGAUUUUUCGUGUGGUUUUUUUUUUGUUCCUUUUGUUGGCGAUUUUUGUGCGCGCUACUCUGUGCAGGCUAGAUGAUGAUGAUGAUGGUGACAGAUAAUGAAGGAGCGCGAGGAUGAGUCGACAAGUUUGUACCUAUUUCCCACACAAUUCACAGGCUGAACGGCCAGCUUCCUAACGCUGACUGGCCGGGUGGCGGAUUGCCGACCGUUCUUCCAGGCGCGGAGCACGUACUUCAAUUUGACACACCGGGCACGUGGACCUACAGCACCGCGGGUACUGAGUUCUACAGUUUUACGUGCAACGUGCUGGUGCCCAUGUACGGCCCAACGAUGUCGCCAGCCUACUACUACGUGGAAAUCGGGUACGAUGGCGCCACCCUCGCGGAGCGACCAUUCGGCGGCGUGGUGCCUUUCGUUGGCGUAUCAUCUCUCGUGAACGCCGUGGUCGACUACUCGACCAACGUCGCCGGGAAGGAAUCCGUAUUGACCUUCGAAAUCCAGACGGUCACACCAGUGCCACAAGGCGGUGGCUUGGAGAUUGUCGGACCGGUGGGCUUCGUCGUCAUGCACGAAACCAUCAUGCCCGCGGUCAAGACGCAGGGGACCGAUUACCAGAGCUUGCCGAGCGACAUCGUGGUCUCCACAAGCACUACCCAAGUGGCGGGGUCCAGUGGAACGGUACGAAGGUUGUACUGUGUGCGUUUUGAAAUAAAUCGACCAGUUUGUUGUAUUUUGUGUGCAGCAUUUAUUAUGAUCAAAGGGAAAUCGAAAUAAAAUGCAAAGGCAUUGGCCCAUUUUUGCGACUCAAUCUUCAGGUUACGAAGCCAGUCUUGCUGCUUACCGCAGGGGCAAGUGGACUCCCCGGUGCACGGUAUGCAUUCUCGCUGCUGUUCAUCAACCCCGUGAAUCCCGUGGUGCAGGAAGUCUCUCCGUCAAGUUCUUGUGGGUAAAAGUCUUCGUUUUACUAUUUCAUCAAAAUGCCGAUUAAGUAGUUCUGCUUGCAUGUUGGCAUGCUUUCUUUUCGGAAGAGACUGCAACAGUAUUCGUCAGGUGUUCGACGUCCAGUACUUUGUUAUCUAUUGAAAACCAAUUUCGCUUCAGGUACACACAAUGUUGGGAUUUUGCGACGUACUCGCAGAUGGUAGCCCCGCGCACGACGGCGCAGCAGCUCGACACCCCAAUCGCUGCAACGGGUUUCUCGGUGAACACGAAGCUGACCGAGGCCGCCCUGGUAGAGACGACGACGGCGCAGCGGGUUGCCACGGAGCGGAACGACCGGCCGCUGAAGCGCAACAACUUGAUUUUCGUUUUCAAGAUGGCCAACGACGCGAGCGAGAGUCGGUGCACGAACAUCGAGCCGGGGUACACCCGCUGCAUGGAGCUGAAGCUCCGUGGGCCCGCUGGGUUUAUCUUCAACGGGGACUGUCUACCCACGGUCGUGGUGGACGAGGACAAGGUGUUCGGCGACGGGAACAAGUGGCCCCCCACCUACGCCGUGUGGCCCUACAAGGUCAAGGUCACGAAGUGCGUCGGCGGCCCGGGACCGCAGGCCACGCUGCAGAUCGAGGGGCCAGACGCGCGACGGUUCCUGGAGGAAAAGGCGGAAAAGCAACGCCGUGGGUUGAACACCCACAACAAGCACAGCCCGUUUUUAGUCGGUAUAAUUUUUGAGGAAAUUCAAUAUACACGCUUUCUGAGUUCUUGGUUUGGCAAACAAAAGAUCACAGUUACUGUAACCGUGACUGCUAGUGCUAUUGCAGAAGUAGAAUCGAAAUUCAAAUAGAAGAUGAUGUCAAGUAGUUUUUGUGUGCAAACGUUCUCUCGAAAUACCUACAACAAUCACUCCAGCCAACGACGUGUACGCGUUUAGGAUAGGGAUUCUGGCGAAUCCGCCGGUGACCCCGAACCCGAACACGUGGACGAUUGACGUGAGCGACGAGUCCUCCAUGGCGUUCGUCGGGUUCACGCUGUGGACCUUCACGCAGCUGGAGGUGAAGCCGGUGUCGACCGCCCGACGGCAGGCCGCGACGGACAGCAUCCCGGUGUCAAACCCGGUGCGGUUCAUAUGGGAUUCUCAAAUGUUACAUUCUCAACUGUUACAUGGAUUUGUAAUGCAAGAAUGGCAAAAAUCCAAGGCGGAAAGUUGCGCCUUUUGCAUUACAAGUUUGGCGCAGAUUAUAAUGCUAUCUAGUGCGGCGAAAACUUGUCAUGCGAGGCAGCUUGAUCGUGUUGAUAACUAAUUGCAAUUUUGCAUGACAAAUCGUGUAACAGUUGAGAAUGUAACGUUUGAGAGCGCCAUAGUUCACCUUCCGCCCGUGGAACACGGUCCCGAUCAACGGGAUUCUAUCCUAUGUAAAAACAUCCCCACCCCAGAGUUGUCAUGCAAAUGCGCAAGGACAGGGACAUUUGUCAUGCGCAUCUCCAUGAGAGGCAUAUCCAGUCGUGUUCUGGCAUUUGUAAUGCUGUAAACAGGAUGAGGAAGUGGCUUUCUCGUGCGGCUUUACUUGCUAGCCAGCCCUACACUGCAGAUGGAAGCCUGUCAUGCAGAACUCCCAAAACCUGGAGAUUUGUGUUGCAGAUUGACUCUGGUGUGGGGACGUUUUUCCUCAGGAUAGAUUCUGCGCGUGACCGCAGCGGCGCAGUCGCUGCAGCAGCAGAACUUCCGGUUCGUCGCCGCCAACUUCGAGUGCACGGCCCACGUGGAGGAGCUGGACUGGAUCGACGAGAAGGGGCGCACGAAUUUCGGCCGGCGCUGGAGCCAGGACGAGACCAGCUGCCGCGUGUCCCAGACGGACGACAAGAUCACGAACCUGAAAUUGAUCGGCUCCUCCAUGGAGACGGGGCGGGACUACCGGGUGUACAUAUCAACUGCAAAAAUGUCUGGGUCUGGAAACUUGUGAUGCUGGGUGGCGUAUCAUGAGCAGGCCACAAGUGCUGGCGCAGCAUGACAAGUUUCUGAGCUUCUAGGUGUUGCCUAUUCUGCAUGACAAACUGCGUUUCUGCAUGGCAGAAAAGUGGCGCUCUUGGGUAACGUGCAUGACAGAUUUGAGAAUCAUGCCAGACAAGCAUGACAAGCAUGCACUCUUCCAGACCUAGACAUUUUUGCAUUUGAUAGUACAUCGAGGUGAACAACCCGCUGCAGGAGCGCACGAACCACAAGUACGUGUGGAAGCUGGAGUCGUUCGUGGACGAGACCGCCGCGGCCGCCGGGGCGCUGGAUGAGUCGGACGUGACGAGUUUCAUGGUGAACCCGGUCACGAUCGAGAUCCGGAGCGGGUCGCCCCCCCUCGUCGUGCCCAUGGUGGUCAACCGCGACGAAUCUGGCGUGCAGGUCCGCAACGGCAUGAUGGAGGUGCGGGACUUAACUUUCACGUUCGCCUUCCCGAACCGGGUGGACCCGGGUGACAUCGUGGUCAUCGAGGCCCCCACGGGCUUCAAGCUGGAGUCCAAGUUCGCCGAGCCGGCGCGGAAACAGUGCUCCGCCUUUAAGUGGCUGCCAACGCUGGAAACCAUCGCUGCGCAGCAGCUGGACCCCCAGAAGAACUUUGGAGACAUGGCUGCCCUGCCGAACGGUCACCGAACCGGACCGCGCUGCACCAGGAAUUUGAUGAUGUUUGAAAUUCAGACGGCCGCAAUGGGGGGCAUCGCGGUACAAUAAUUGCUUAUACUGAUGUUUUUUUUAAUUCAACAAUGAAUGCGAAUUUCGAAAACUGUGCACUGCCGUCCAGCAUGCUAGAUGUUUCACACCAUUCGCCUUGCUCCCACAAGUUCUUUGAAAUUUUAUUUAUUCGAAUCAUCAAAAAAACGUACAGCACGAGAAGGACACGCAAUUCCAACUGAGCAUUGAUACGAGAAAUCCCUCGCAGACGCCGUUCUUGUUUGAAAACUUUUUCCGCAUCUGGCACUGGCGAGGCAUUGACAAGUCCAUUAUCCAUCCUCCAUGUGCCCUUCCGGGAGCCACGUGGAACUGCUUUCUGGAUGCGCUACUAGGUGCGACGUUUUUUAUUUUUUUUAGUCCUCUUUUGAUGUUGUUGAGGCUUGUCUGAUAGCGGUGGAAAAGAAAUCAAAUGGCGAUAGUACACUUGAAUGAUCAAAUGGCGUCGCUCUGGUGGUUCGCGAUGCGGUGAAGGCACGACAUUCAUUCAAAAUUUAUCAUCAGGCACCGACACCUCGGCGGGCGUGUACGAGUGGAGCACCAUAUUGUCGCAGCAACCCACUGCCCAGAUUCUCUCCAGUGAGGUGAUUCGUUCGUGGGAAAUCCUGCCUCAGCUCUCCAGCGUCAGUAUAUCGCUCACCGGCUCGAAGCAGGCCGCCCGCGCGUUCAGUGAGAUCACAGUCGAGUUUACGCCGGUUUCUGACGCGUCCGAGGUGCGGCUGGUCGCCAACAAUCCGCCAGGGUUUGAUUUCAAAUCGGCGGCCUUGCCGCUGAGUUUGAACCCGGAGGGCGCGAUCGUGGACCCGCUGAACCCCCCGGUCGGGGCCUCGAUCAACAUCCAGGCACCGAUCGUGGCUAACCAACGCAUCCGCUUGGUGAUCUCCAUGGUGGAGCUCGGGCUCCGCGGCGGGCAAACCGACUUUGACAUCACCACGUUCGGCGGAGCGGGCACCACCAAAGCGAUGGACGAGGCGCUGAACUUCGUGGGCGGGUUCCGCCUCCCCGGUUUCGUCAUGCGCCCGCGGUACCCGCGGAUCUACAGCGAGUACGAGCGCAUACCGGAGAACUACCCGAUCAAGAGCGGGUUUUUUCCGCAGAUGGGGUCCCUGUGCUACGCGGAUUUCCACCUGAUGUUUUCCGAGAACGUCCUCCCCGGACACAUACUCACGAUCGAGCCGUCCUACACGGGCGACCCGUCGUACAUGAUGGAAAGGCGGAAUUUCAAGAUUACCAAGUACAACGAGAACAACCCCCCAUGGUUCCGGUCCGACUUGGCGAGCGACGUGGUGCCCGCCACGGUGAUCGGCCUGGCGAGCCGCACGCUGCAGGCGGUGAUUUGCCCGGAGGGGUGCGUGCAAAACGGGAUGCAGGGGUUCACGUACUACAGUUUCACGGUGUCUUUGAUCGCGCCGUACCAAAUGGGGGAAUCCUGGACGUUCAAGACCUUCGACGGCGGCGCGCUGCCCACCAAUACCAACGACGGAGAGCAGGGGCAGCUGCAGCCGAACAUCGUGGAGGCCUACGGGUUGCGGGCGUCCGCGGUGCGGCGGUCGCCGAAGGCGAAAAUCGAGUGCGACCUGUUCAUUGACCCCAAAACCACCAGUCCGGUGGAGAUGCAGCUGAUCGCUCCGCCGGGACUGAACUUCACGGCGGGCGACUGCCUCAGUCCGAACAACAUGGCGGCGGACAUCGUGUCUUGCCAGCCGCUGCAGGCACAGCUGGGGCGUGCGAAGGCAAGACUGCAAGUCAUCCAGGGCGGACUCACCGGUCCAAUCAUCGUAAAGCUCAUCAUGGAAACCCCGCCGCAGAUGCUAUUCACGGACUGGUACGUGGAGGGCACGUCGCAAACACAAGAGGUGAUCGGCUGGGGCGUGGACCCCGUGGGCUUCGAGCUGCGCGACAUGGGGCCGGUCAGAAUCCGAUAUACGGGUGUGAUGGACCAAGAAUCAGAAAUGACCUUCACCUUCACCACCGUCGAGACGCUCACAAAUGGCGGCGUCAUUGUGGUAUAUGUUUUUCUUUGUCCUCUUGCAAGCGCGAGUCGUUACCGAAUCAAAAACAAAAUCGUGUCGAAUGUGAAUACUAAUCAAGUAUACAACUACGGGGAGCUGUGAGUGUGAUGCUGAUCAUCGAUGUCGCAUGAGCCCUUUCAAUAUUAACCACGAAAAAUAACAGGUUGAGCACCCACAAGGGUUCGAGAUCAAGUGUGACCCGACGAAUUUGCGCAAGAUUUCGUUGCCCAGCUCAGGCGGCGACAUUGAGUGCACGAAGCCGACCAACCCGGCCGCCAUUCCGCAGUUCAAUUUGACCCUCACAGAGACGCUAGUGUUCGGCGAAUACACGUUCGGUGUGCGUGCGCUCGUCCCCUCGAGCACACCGCAGAACUCGAAGUUCGCGAUCAUGCUCUUUCAUCGGGACGACAACAAGUUCGCCCGGGACGCGGUCUUCAGCAUCGCGCCGCUGACCCUGCAGCCGGGUCUGGAUCUCCGGGGACGCGCGCUCGACUGGACGCGCGCGGAAGCAGGGAAGCUCUCCGGCAUAACGCUGUCGUUUGAAGUGCGCGAGUCCCCCAAGAGCGACGGUAACGUGAUCAAAAACCGCAUCGGGGAGAUCUUGAUCAACUUCCCGAUGGGUUUUGUGCACAACAUCGACGCGUUGUCACACGUGGAAGUGUCCCGACAGGAGCUAGAUUCCGCAACCACGGUGACACCCGGGAUGUUCCUCAAGACCCCAAACUGGCUGGACUACACCGAGAAGGACAGGAUAAGAAUUUCGUUGAACUCGCCCCCGGGUAUUUUGGAAAACGGAAUCUACCAGUUCACGUUCCUGGUCACCAUGCCCAUGCAGGUGCCACGGGACAACGUGUGGACCAUUUCGUUGUGCGAGGCCAACGGCGGGUGCAUUUCGGCGAGCGACAAGACCGUGCUGGUCAUGUUCCCGGUGCCCGGGUUCGCUUUGGGGCAAAGCCAGGGGUCGGACUCGGGCCGAAGUCAGACGGCAGCCGCGUUCCCGUCGAGGAUACCGGGCGUUUCCAGCCUUGUCGUCGUCUUGCUCGCAUCACUGUGGUCGGCGCGGCGGUAGAAGAAGUAGGGAAGUUUUUUGAAAUGUAGAAAAGUUGUGACCACUAGUUCUUCUUCCAAGCGACUCUCGCAGAAUACUUCAGUAGUUUAUGACUUCAACAGAAAUUCUCAUAUUUUCUUCAAAAAGCAAACACAACACCACCCAGGGGUGCUUGAUUAUUUCUUAAACUAAGCCACAGAAUUGACCGCUGAUUACUUUUCAAUCACCGUCCAACGGUCGUCGCCGCGCUGCAGGUUCACCGUUACCCGAUGCGUGGAGUUGUCUCUUUCUUUGAGUAUAUACAAGUUCUUCCAAGCUCUGAGGCCCUUGUAUCAAAACCAUCAGCAGGAGUGUCAUUGACUGGCUGCCCUGAGCCGCGCAAUAGACCUAUUCGAGGACCUGCCCCCCCUCGCAAAACAAAAUUGAAAACUUCUCUCAGCCUCAAAGCAGCCACAAUUUUGUGUUACUAAGACCAAAGAGCUUCGUUUUCGUGAUUGCAUUAUUUUCGCUUUUCUAUACUGCUGCGAGAUUUAGAAUCCUUCUCAUUGCCGUUGUACGCCACCCUUUUGUCUAUGUUGCCCCCACCUACACUACAGGCAAGGCAGGUCCAAAGCUGGCCAUGCCUUUUCUUGUCCCUUAACGAACUUUGAAUUCGCUUGCAUUCUAUACUACACUUGUUAUUGAGCUAGAAGAUCUUUUCUGGAUCUGCCACUUUGCUUCAACAUUUUCUUCUAAAAACGCUACUAAAUACAUCAGCUCAUGCCUCGGCGGAGCCGCGCAAAAAUAUUUCGAAUCGAGCAUAUUGAUAUUGUAUGCUUACUUACUUACCAGCAUACCGUGGUUCAUCAACGUGAUGACUGAUUCUAUACCGUUCAACGUUCUAAAUUGAUUCUCUUGUCUUUGCCCACUAUGGAAGUGAGCCGUUACCGUCUCGUCUUUUCUUCGGGCGACGCGGUACUACUUACUCGGAGAUAGAGCUAACUUUGCUACAGAUCAGCGCUGCGCUUGGCAGCCGGUGAGUUUCUAGAUGCGAAUACCGAGACCGACGUCCGACCGCUAAUGCAAUAUAGUGAACGAUAGCAAUCAUUCAAGGUUCUCCAAAAAUUUCCUUUUCACUGCACUAGAUUAAGUAAUCCGGUCGCUUCCCAGAAGCCAGAAGCUCUUGCGAACCUUCCGUCCUGUGCGUCCAGUCAAUAUUAUCCAAAUAAAAGAAAAGGCAAAACGGAACGAGAGAGGAGAGCGAGCGAGCAGGGGUUUGUUUCUUCAUCUUUGACGGGAGCGAGUAGCUGAGCUGGAGAUGACACUUGAGCGAGAGCGAAGUUUCUUUGCGAAGCG